CAUUGGUCACCGUUGCAGCAGGAAGUGUUGAGCAACCAAUAGAAGAGGGCAGAGACUUUUUCACCGAAUUUCACCGUUCGACCCCAAAGACCUACUUGUUAACUGCUGUCCUGUUCGUCUGUAAAGGGAAGAAAGUCUGUGCAGGUUUAUGGACGAAGUCCGGCGCUGUCUGUCCCGUAUUAUCUGCACCAGCAGGACUCUACGAAUGACAGUUGUAACUAACAGGAUGCAGUUCAUGCUUCAGCCAUGCCAUAAAAACGCAGUUUUGACCUCUGCUUUCCGGUCGAUGCUGCUCAUUACAUGCCUGUUCCUGGUCCUGUCUGUGUCCAUGUAUCCUGGCCUGUGGGCCAUUGGGGUCCAGCUUCAUGCAGUCUUCACAGGAAGCUACAUACCAGGCCACCACUCUGUCCUUCUCAUCAACAGUCCCAAUGAACAGGCAGCCAAGGACAUUGGCAGGGCUAUCAUGGAACGACGGCUGGCAGCAAGUAUUAACAUUCUCUGCAGGACCUCCACAAUGUACUAUUGGAAAGGUGAAAUCCAGGAUGCAAGUGAAAUCCUAAUGCUGGUAAAAACAAGGACCUCCAGGAUCCAGCAGGUCAUAGAGUAUGUGAGGUCUGUUCAUCCUUAUGCAAACCCAGAAGUCCUCAGUUUCCCAGUGGAGGAUGGCAGUCUGGCUUACAUGAAGUGGAUGGAUGAAGCCAUUCCAGAUGACUGAUAAUGCAGCAUUAAAACCAAAGCCAAUCCCAGCAAGGACUGCAGCCCAACAAGGAAAAUGAGCCAUGUGUGCAGCCUGUUUGUUUAAAACCUUUGGAUCAAAGAACUGAGAAGGUUCUCUGCAGAGUUUGCAUUAGUCACCUGACAUUUACACCAUUUUACUGCUCUGGCCUUUUCCCCAAAUUUUUUUAUUUCCUAAAAAGGACAUUAGAUGUCUAUCGGUACACAAUAUAGAAGGCACUGUCAGGUGAGCCUCAUAUUGGGGCAGGUAAGAUCUUAGACACCUUGACAUGUUUUAUGUAAAUUAUAUUUUUGUUGUAAUCUCUGGAGAUUUUAAACAUCUCCUUCUGCUAGACCUGCAACUCAUUUCCUUCCUCUGUAAUUUAUUCUGCAAAAGGUGUAUUCAUUUUUGAGGAUUAAUAAGUAUUUUUAUUUAAUUUAUUUAUUUCUUCAUUACAUCAGAACAUUUUGUAUAUGUUUAACAUUUUAGGCACUUCUGUCUUUACAGAAGAAGAAAAUCUGAAAAGAAUUUUCCAUUUCAUGUACCUUUUUACUCUAUGGGAGUUUAUUUAGAAUAAAGAUUUUAAAUAUGGUCUAUUAUAUACAGUAUUAUUGUUAAUUACUGAUUGACUGACUAAUUGU